AACAACGCCAUCGAGCAAAAACACGCGCAGAGCCGUUGAAAUUCAAAAGGUAACGGCAUGUGUGUUGUGUUCACUGUGGCAUCGUUUCCUGACGAGAGUGAUGCUUGUGAAUUUCUUUCGUGCAAUAGACACUUUGUGAGAAUCGAGAAAAUAAAAACGGAGAGUGAGAAUGUCGAAGCAACCGAAGUGGAAGCCAGUCGUAUCGAAGGUGGUCGUGGAACUUGAACGGGGGUUGGAGGAGAUGCAGAACACCUGGGAAGACAUCGGAUGCGACGAUGACACGCAAUUGUCAUACUAUGACCAGACGUACAGUCACAUACAUGACCUAAUUAACGACAUGGUGGCCGAGACGCAGUCGAAGAAGCAGCUGUUGUUAGCCAGCAUACAAAAUCUGUUGAAGCAAACAACGUCGUUGCGCACGGAACUACAUCUGGACGUGUCGACUAAAACGUACGAGCAGAUCCCCUUGUGCAAAGUUGAGCAGAUGCUUCAAACAGAUUUGCAAGAUCUAGAGUUCAAGAAGAAGGAACGUAUGGUGAUCCUGAAGGAGUUGUUGACGAAGGAGCAUGACAUCUGCAAGAGGCUUGGCUGCAAGGCACUGCCCAUCUCCGCGAGUGUUUUGCCCAUGGAGCAAGAUCUUGAGAGUUUUAAGCUUUAUUUGCAAAAACAGGAGAGCGAGAAAGCACGCUUGGAGUCUGAUUUCACAGAUAUACGCCGUUCCAUAAUCAAGAUGAUGAAUGAUUUAGACGUAUCUCCAUCUUCACCAUUCGUAGAGUUAGUCUGUCACAAUCCCGAGGAGUUUGUGCUGAGUAGCAACAAUAUGAUGAAACUGCGAGAUUUCAGGGACGAGCUGAGUAUAAAAGUGGAAGAAACAAAGUGUUGUGUUGAAAAAAUGAGGGAAGAUUUAUUGGAGUUGUGGAAAUAUCUUGACGAACCUGCCGACGUUUGUCAGUCGUUUCUCGAGAGGUAUCCUGGUUACAGUAAUAGUACCAUAAAUGCCCUUACCGCAGAGAUAAAGCGUUGCAAAGAGAAAAGGAAAGAGAAUAUAUGUAAGUACGUCACACAGGUCCGAUAUGAAUUAACGCAUUUGUGGGACCAAUGCAAAUGCUGUGAAUCGGAGAGGAACGCAUUCGCGCCGUUUUACUCCAACACAUUCACGGAGGAUCUAUUGACGUUGCACGAAUUAGAAGUGGAGAGGCUGCGGAAAUUUUAUAACGACAACAAAAUGAUAUUUCAGCUUCUAGAGCAACGCGAAAGUCUGAUAAUGAAAGUAAAGGAAUUGCUUCAGCGGGCGAACAAUCCGGAUCGUUAUCACAACCGCGGAGGCCAAUUAUUGAUGGAAGAAAAAGAACGCAAAGUGAUCCAAAAGAAGCUGCCUAAAAUAGAAGCGGAAUUGAAGCAGUUGAUCGAUGAAUACGAAACCAAGCACAAUCAGACGUUUACCAUUAAUGGUACAUCGUUGGAAAAUGUUUUGGCGGAGACAUGGGAGAGCAUCACUAUUGAGAAGGAAUCGAUAAAAAAGGCAAGGAAAGAAGCGAUUUCUAAAUCCAUCAAGAAAUCGCCGUUAAACAGCUCCAAACGUACACCGGGUAUGUCCCACUUGAGCAUCCACAGAGGUCCGACGCUAGGGCUGUCGAAACGCAAAUUGUUCAGCCCCUCUCCCAACUCGUCGAUAAAACGCAGAAACAAAAAUUGCGACAAGACUAAGCCCACCGUCACCGCGUCCAAGAUCAGAAGAAGCUUCGGAAAGCCUCCGAAGAUCAAUCAAAAAUCGGGUAGAUCUUCCAAAGGCGGGCAGAGGAGGAAGGAAUCGAUGUCACCCAGUAACAGCAUCACAGACACGACAUACAAUCAGUUUCAGGGCCAUAUGACGGGCAGGGAGGAAUUGCACAGCUCGAUGUUGCCGGAACAGAUAUUAAGAAACGUCAAUAAAAUCAAUGUUAACAAACCUCCGGUACGAACGCCCAUGAAACCGUUGAGGAAACAUCUCUCCGGAAUAGCAAUAACAACAACCCCUGCCACUCCCGGCUCCGCGCGCAAGAUACCGCACAGCCCCAGAACCGUUAACACUCCGAAACUAGCGACGGCCCCGAGUAACUUACCUUUCAUCUUUUAAACAAGAACGAAUUAUUAAUACAUUUUUGUUUUUAUGUGAAUUAACUUUCUCGCGAGAAUUAUCUGAAUUUUAACGGUAUCCUCUCUCUCUCUUUCUCUUCAAUCGUGCUGAAGAAUUUGUCUCGAAAUUAAAAUUAUAUUAUACGUCGGAAAGAGUACAAAUAGAAAUCGAUAAUUAAUUACCUUUCUGCUUGGUGAAAUUGAAAUGUGAAAAUUUAUUAGAUUACUUCUGACGUAGUCGAAUACACACAAUUGAAAUUAAUUUAAGUUAAUACACUUAUUAGAUUAAAAAAAGAAGCAUAUUACAAUACUUUCCUUUCACCGAACAGGAAUGUAAUUCGAAAUUA